GACUCCUAUACGGAAACGUUCGAUCUGGAUUUACACAAAAACGAAAGUAAAAUGUCAGAUCAAGCCGAUGCUUCCGUACGAAAGCUUCCAGCCGAUACUGAAGAAAAACAAGACUCUCAUGCUCGAAAGAAAGAGAGUUCCAGUGUUCCGGUGAGGAGCCAAUAUGACCUGACGAGCAAAGCAUACAGAUUUAGAAGUGAGAAUGAAUAUUCUCGCCAGGCACUCAUUAUCAACAAUCUUUCAAAGUCCACCGGAGAAAAGGAUUCCAAAUUGAUGGAGAAUACUCUUAUGGAAACUGGCUUCAAAGUCACAAUUAUAACUAAGUUGUCAGUGGAAGAGUUGGUAACACAUUUGGGAAAAGCGUCAGACGCCAUGCCUAGUGAAACCGACUGCUUUAUGUGUGUUGUCAUGGCAAGCGGUGGACGUGGCUUCAUUAAAGGAUAUGGGGAAACCAAAAUGUUGACAAUUGAGAAACUCAGCGAUCCAUUCCGAGGAAACAGAUGCCAAUCCUUGGUGUUGAAACCAAAAAUCUUUAUCAUAAUGUCAUGGGACAAAGAUCCAGACAGUCGAAUAGUGUCUGAUGGUGAUCAAGACGAACCAAAGAUUUCCAAGAUACCAACCGAUUCUGAUGUUCUGAUAUAUGCAUGUCAUAUGUCAGGAUAUCAAGGCUACGACGACAAAGGUUCAUGGUUUAUCCAGUCUCUCUCGGACGUGAUACAGAAGAAUCGUGAACACAGCGAGAUGAGAGAUUUUCUUCGGUUAACUACCAUUAUCAAUAGAGAAAUGGUCAAGAAAGGAACAAAACUGAAGCGUUCCGAGUGUAUCCCCACAGCCACGUCAACUUUAACUAAACUCGUUUAUUUAUAAAAGAAGAAAAAAAGGCAAUACUCCAAGCUGGCUUUUACUGAACUUUUUUCUAAUAUGAGUUCUGACUCUCUACUAAGUAAAUUAACCGACAUCUUCAUGUUUCGUCGUAUGGUGAUAUUAUACCGUUACAUCCUUUUAGGCAAAGUGUUCAUCAUUCGGUUUACAUUACAGGGAGUCAGAAAGAGAUUUAUGAUAUUGAGUUUGAAACUCAGAUUAGAAUAUAAGCCAAGAAAAACAACAAACUGUAUAUUUGAUAGUUUGCUCGCUGUAACUUUCUCUUAGGACUGUAUCUCCGGCACACCAUUAUUUAAAAAAAAACCCAUACUAAUAGGUUAAA